UCAGUCCCCAAGACUGGCGCAAAAAAAAAAAAAAAAAAAGUUGUGUUUUAGUGGCUGAUUAUAAAACAAAACAGACAUCGUGUAAACUGGGGCUUUAUGAUUUUGUCUGAUUGUCCAGUCAUGGGUGUGACCUUGAAAUUGAAUGACUGAGGUGUGACUGUGAAUGUGUGGCUAUGGGAAUGUAACUAUGAAGGUCUAUUAUUAGAUGCUACUGUGGAUCCUUAUCUGGCAUUAAUUAUUGUACUAUCAGCCCCCAUAUAUGUACUACUGCUUGGCACUGUUUCUCUUAUCUGGGCUUAAAAGCCCAGGAAAAAAUGGUUGUCCUAGAAGUGGAAAGAAUCUGUGGCAACAGUUCAAGAAUUAGAGCUCAGUAACAUCAUAAGAUAAGCAAUACAUCUGCACCUGUGUCUGACUCACCUGGUGCCCCAGGUCAAAUGUGCCCAGAUAAAAGGUAGGGGGAGAGAAGGAGAGAGCAGUGUCUAGGCUGAGCAGCAUGAAGGGAUUCUUAACCACCAGUGGCCUCUUGCUGCUAUUGUUCCUGAGCCCAGACCCUGGAACAGCGCUGCCACUGUCACCCAGCACUACAUGCUGUACUCAGCUCUACAGACAGCCACUCUCAAACAAGCUACUGAGGAAGGUCAUCCAUGUGGAACUGCAGGAGGCUGAUGGGGACUGUCACCUCCAGGCUGUUGUACUUCACCUGGCUCGACGCAGUGUUUGCAUCCAUCCCCAAAACCGCAGCCUAGCUCGGUGGUUUGUGCGCCAAGGGAAAAGGCUCCAAGGAAACCUACCCAACUUGAAUCUGACACUGAAAAGGAAAAUGGAUUGGAGCCCCCAAAUGCCAAAAUAAUAAAGAAGUAUUGGACAAUAAUCCAAGUGUGACCUUUAAAAACUCCCUUUUUUAAAAAUUUGAAUCUUUACAGUUCCCCCACCCCCAAGAGCCAAGGUCAAGAAUCAGAGACCUAUACAUAUUCUCCAGGUACCUACAUACAUACAACAUGCAGAGAACAUACGUUCUCUGCCUCACACACUUGGGCACAUAUGGACACAGACAUAAACAUCUACAUACAUUCCUCAGGUGGACCUCUAGCUCUGAGAUGACAUCAGAGAUCCAGACACCUUUCAGCUGGCAGGUAUAGAAUACAAGAUUGCAAAGAAAGGGGCUCUUCCAGCUGAGAAUCCCAUCUAUAGAGUUCUCCUGCCGUGGUUGAUUCUCCUGUCCAUCUAGACACGUCAGCAAGACGAGUUACAGGUAGAAUUAGAUGAAGUUCUCCUGGGUCCUCUAUAGAUUUGAAGCACC